GAUGAGCACUGCUCCUCCCUGUGCCCCCCUGACACCUUUGGGGUGAACUGCUCGGGGCGCUGCUCCUGCCAGCACGCCCUGGCCUGCUCCCCCCUCGACGGGUCCUGCUUCUGCAAAGAAGGCUGGCACGGACCUGACUGCUCAACGCCGUGUCCCGCUGGUAUUUGGGGUCCCGGCUGCAACCGGAGCUGUGACUGCGCCCACGGGGCGUCCUGCGACCCCCAGAGCGGGACCUGCCGGUGCCCACGGGGCUGGCAGGGCCCCCGCUGCCUGCAGCCCUGCCCGAACGGGACGUUCGGGGCGGGCUGUGGGGGGCACUGUGACUGUGCCCACGCCGACGGCUGCGACACCGUGACGGGGGAGUGCCACUGCCUGCCCGGCUGGACGGGGCCGCAGUGCAAGCAGGGCUGUCCCCACGGCUCCUGGGGCCGGGGGUGCCGCAUGUCCUGCUCCUGCCGCAACGGGGCCUCCUGCUCCCCCCAGGACGGAUCCUGCGCCUGCCCCCCGGGGUUCCGCGGCCCCACCUGCCAGCGCCCCUGCCCCCCCGGGCGCUACGGCAAACGCUGCUCCCUGAGCUGCUCCUGCGCCAACGGCUCCUCCUGCCACCCCACCGACGGCUCCUGCCUCUGUGCCCCGGGCUGGCGGGGCCCCCGCUGCUCCCAGCCCUGCGCCCCCGGCUCCUGGGGUGAUGCCUGUGCCCAGCCCUGCCUGUGCCACCACGGGGGGACCUGUCACCCUGCGGAGGGGACCUGCCACUGCCCGGCUGGCUGGAGCGGGACGCUCUGCGAGGAAGGUAGAGCCUGGCACAGACACCCCCCCCACUGCGGGUCUGCACACUCCCAUCCAGCCAGGGGGGCCUGGGGGGGGCAAGAGAGAGGGGUCACCACCUGGGUGACCCCUACCCAGCUCCAGACUGGGCAGUAUGGAACUGUAUGGGCCCCUGUGGACCUUCAUGAUCCCGGGCACCAGGAAUGGCCCCAGUAUGGAGCUGUAUGGUCCCAGUAUGGAGCCGUAUUGUCCCAGUAUGGAGCUAUAUGGUUCCAGUAUGGAGCUAUAUGA